CUUCCUGGAACGCUCGUCAAUAUACGUACGUGUCGUGGACGCGCACAGAUCGAGGACCUAGCGAUAGAGAGCGCUUCUAUUGUUCCAGCCGACGCACUAACGGUUGUGCGCAAUGAGAGUGUGGUUUGCUGUGAUGAAUUUCAACCAGUGCUGGUGAUUUGUGCGUGAUUAUCAAAAGUGGGCAAAAGCGGCAAAAUCUGAAGCACCGCAGAAUCCGAGUACCGGGGAAGGACCAAGUUUUGGUGUGUCCAUUGUGCGAGUAUAUCUUCACGGUUCCCUGCAACCGUUCGUCGGUUGCCGCAAAGAGUGUUGACGAACACUUCCCUCGAGCAACGAUCAAGGGCUGAAGACUGUGGUGUUUCAUCCGGGUACGAUAGCUUGCACGGAAAGGAAUAGCAACCGACAGCUGGUGAAAACGUUUCUGAAAAGAAAAAACCUAGAAGGUUAUUUCAGGACAAGUUAUCAAGUUAGAAGCUGCAAAGCGGCGGGGUGUAGAAUAUCCAUCGGCAUCUGGUUUGACUAAAGCCCACCAUGAAAGGUAGACAUCUUCGGCGGCGGUUCAGCCUACAGCCGUCGUUUAUGAAGGAUGACUCGACUGAAGAGCGACCAAAGAGAGAAAAGCCACUCAAAAACGAUGAAAACUCUAUAAACUCCAACGUUCGGCACAAGAUCGUCAUGAUGGGCGCGGCCAAGGUGGGCAAAAGCUCACUCAUCACGCAGUUCCUGUACAGCAGCUUUUCGCCCAAGUACAAACGCACGGUUGAGGAGAUGCACCAUGGACACUUCUCGGUCGGUGGCGUAAAUCUGACGCUCGACAUACUGGACACUUCUGGAUCGUACGAGUUCCCAGCAAUGCGGGCCCUUUCCAUCUCGUCGGCGGAUGCAUUCAUCCUGGUGUACGACGUCACGGACAGUAUCACGUUCGAGGAAGUGAAAGCGAUACGCGAGCAAAUCCACGAGAUUAAAUCUACGACCGCGGUACCGAUUGUGGUCGUCGGCAACAAGACGGACCUGAGCGAUGAGGACGAAGAUCUGCGGCAGGUAGCACGUGACACAACCGAAUCGAUGGUAACGGUAGAUUGGGAGAAUGGUUUCGUCGAAGCAUCAGCCAAGCUGAACCGCAAUGUUACACAGAUAUUUAAAGAGCUUCUAGUGCAGGCCAAAAUAACCUACAACCUUAGCCCGGCCCUGCGACGGCGAAGGCGCCAGUCGUUGCCGCAGCAGGCCAGCACGGGCAGUACCGGUGCACCAGCCACCCCGCAAGCAUCGCCCAGCGUUCACGUUCCAUCCGUUGCGCAGCUGCAGCACCUACAGCAGAUACAGGACAAAAGUCUCGGCGGCAAACGCAACUCGUGCAUUCUUUCCUAAUGCGGUAUUACGCCAGCCUUGCCAUCACGUUUUCUCUACUCCAUGUCUGCUACAUCAUCUACCCUACCUGUGACCGUGCUAUGGGCACAUUAAUGGACAUUUAUAUAUAUUCUUCGUUACCCGUACGGCUUGAUGGAAAAUUAUGGAAUGGCGGGGGUUUUGUAGCGAUCUAUUAAACGGUAAGGAAUCGAGACCCCGCUAAAGAGCAUUGUUCUCGAAACGUUGGAUGUGUAUUGGCGUGUAAAAUAUGAAUAUUUAAACGUGUUUCAAACAUACCCCCUUACUCGAUCGUCAGUGAAAUAUUUUCACCAAUCAAUGCCCCAUUUCAAUUCACUCUUCAUGACCAGGCUCGACCCAGGCACACUCUAUCAAAUCAGUGUACUUACUUAGUAAAGGAUUUUGUGAUGUUAAUAAGUUUAAACCGGUGUCGGUUUCGUUCGUAAAUAAAAAGACAACACUGUGUAAAGUAUCGAAGUGGAAAAAUACGGGUAAUAAAAAGGAAACGGUUGAUGAAGGGUUUUCAGUAGUAGAGCGCGGUACGAGCAAGCAAGGCAUCUCACAUGCGGUAGAACGAAACAAUACGUUGGCGCCCAUAUGCAUACAUUGCACGGAGUAACACUUAAAAGUGACAGGAUGCUUCAGCACACAAAUGCUGCAAGACAUUAGAUAAGUUACGCAGGUGUAGGUUACACCGUUGUUUUGGUUUGUAGAUCAUUAAAUUCCACAUACUGGAAUGUAGAACCAUUUUCAUACCGUUCGAUACCCACCAAGUAACAGUAACAAGAUUGGCAAGGUGGCGCUCAUACCGAUUAUCGUACCAAAACUCAUCGAGUCCAUUUCAUGUGCGUGAGUGUUAAUGUGUACGUAUGUAUGUAUGUGUGUGUGUAUUAGUGUUUUGAUAAUAAAUACGAAAGAAAACCAAUCUACUCACUUCGCGGAAACUUCUUCACCGCUCGCAAUCUGGCCAAUGCUUCAAGUAUCACUCCCUCAGUCUAUCACGAACGAUUUCAUCGCCUUCACGAUCUCACUAAUAGAAUAAUUCAAAUAUAUUCAAUGAUUCACUCUCUGGCAGUCACACUAUCCCUUUGUUUUAUUUACCCUAAAUUUGAAA